AUGUACGUAAUAUAUCCAGCGGAUGAAGUAGUUUCCCUGACUUACAACUCGCAGACGCUGCCACGGCUUCGGCAGCGACCCACCCUCGACGUCCUUGUUGGCCCGUUGCCGUCUGCGACGCAAAGAGCGCUACCCCUGCCCCCGACCCCCGCCCCACCCCGCGCCGCUUCCGUCCCCAAAACGGCGCCCCCGGAGCCUGCGGAGCGCGCGCCGGCCUCGCCGACGCCGUCCAUCGAGCGGCCGGCUAAGCUGCGCGAGCGCACUAAGGCGAAGCUCCUUAAGAAGCUUGGCCGCAAUGAACCCAAUGACUUCGGCAAAAUUGUUAGGACCCCGGCCCCUGAUGAAUUCGAACUACCUGCCCCUUUACCUACGCCGGCUUUCUCCAGAAAAAAUAUAUUCGAUCGUGACUUCGACGCGUUGUUCGAAGUCGCGACAUCGCCACAAUUCACGGCGAAAAUUCGUGUCACGACGCCUGAGCCCGACCAUCGGUCUGAUGUAUCUGCAUUACAUUUUUCUCCAUCUUCCUCCUCACUCAGCCUGCUCCCACCGAGGCCCAAUUCUGAGCCGGCACCCAGUAUAUCUCCCUCGACCUCUCUCCGCGCCUCCACAAACUCGACGCCAACUGGACACCGGUCAUCUAUAGAAGGUCCCAAUUCUAAGUCGAAGAAAGUAAGUUUCUUCAGAAAGCUGAGUCGGGCACGGGACAAGGAGGCGUCCCCUCCUCGGGGGCGCGUCAUGCAGCAGCCUUCUUUGGAGAUGGCCUUGCGGGAACUAACACACCCCACACACAAUGAACAGCUCAAGAAUCAACAGCAAGUUACCUUCAAAUUGGUCAAGACAGUGUCGGACUUCACAACACAGUUGUCACAAGUUUACGAGCGGCACUCGGCUGAGCUGCAAAUACUCGUCGCUAACUUCAGAAAGCGGAACGCCGAGCUUAGGAAAGAAAGAGCAACCUGCCCAUCGUCUCUUUUCCAUACCUGGGAGACGUUACUCCAGGAGGUGGAAGCUGACGUGUUGGGGUACAGCAAUGCGGCCACAUCCCUGGACAGACUGGUGGCGACCCCUCUCAUAGACAGGACCUUCCACUUGAAGGUCCAAGCGAGGAAACUGUUCGCACAUAGAGAAGGAUGCGACGUUACACUUGGAAAAGCAGAUGACCAACUAAAUAAGACUCGUCAAGACUACCGCACGGCGUUCCUGAACUACUGCAGCAACCCGAGUCCGGCCGCCCUGGCGACCUACUACGACUCUCACAACACCUACGUACAACAACUCACUGCCACCAACGCCAUGCUGGACCAAUAUCAUAAGCACACGUUGCCUACUAUUCUACAGGAACUUGAAGAAAUACUGACAGACGUGACGACGGCGGUCAGCGACGCUAUCUGCCAGGGCGGUGAGAUCAUCACAGAUAAGUCGAACACCCAACUACGCCGCUACGAGUCGCUCUGCGCUCAAGCACGAGCGGUGUCCAGCACGGCGGACCUGGCGCACUUGGCGCGGACGCUGCUGAACAACCAGCCGCCCAUGAGACCACCGAAGAGACUGUUCCUGCCGCCGUACCCGCCUGAACCGGAGGACCCGCCGCUUGAUGUGCCUGCGGAAAGCAUGCCUCCAGUUCUCCGUGGCGAGAUCUUGCUGGACCGCAUGGGACCCCAGGCGCGGCUCAGCUACGAACAGCUGCGAAAGGAUGCACAGGAUCUUGAAAUACAAAUAAAGCAGUUGCAGGAAAGCCUCGAUUCACUAGUGCGCGUCCAAAAUCGCAGUUUGGAAAGCAACUUGUACAACAAAGUCAACGAGAUCCAGGAGGAGAUAUCUAUCAAGAAGUACGACUACAGGGCCACACAGCUCCAUCUUGCGGCCGUAAGAGCUCAGAGAGAGCUCUUUGCGGCUAAGGCAGAUAGUGGUUCUGCAGCAGUAGAUCGAAAGUUAUCUUCAUCUUCAGCCGGCAGUAUGAAGAACAAGUGGCUCAAAGCCUUCCGCAGUCUGAAGCCUCCAAGUGCACCACCCCCUCAUGCUGCUCCACCAGAUAAAAAAAAUCAAAUGUACCACGCGGUGUCGACGGUAAUGGCCAUGAGGAGGAAUGGAGCCGCUCGGGACGCACGCGGAGAUUCGGAUGUUCACAAUUUCCAAGAAUACACUUACAAGAAAAUUACCCCUUGCGAUGUCUGCUCACAAGUGCUUAGAGGGCACACCAGGCAAGGGUUACGAUGCCGUCUCUGCAAGAUGAACGUCCACACGGACUGCAUGCCACAAGUUGGCAAGUGUCAGACCAAAUCACGACUCCUGCGCAGGCAGAAGAGCACUUCGGAAAUCGAGGCUCAUAGAGUCCAAGAUACGGCAUUCGACGAAGAAAAGGAGGAAGUGGAUCAGACCUACCAAGUUCUGAAGCGGGCCAACGAAAUAGCGAAGCCGGGUGGCGGGGAAUCUCGUGGGGGCCCGGUAGUGCGGGUGUCGGCGCCGGAGGAGACGCCGCCCGCGCGUUCACCGGCCCGGCCGUCCGGCGGGUUGGCCGUCGCGCCGCAACCGGUCUCCUCCAGCUCAGCGCCGCACUCGCCGAGACGUCAAAAGUUGAACCUUAGGAUGAAGAGCCUUUCCCUGGAUUCGCCGGAAUGCGGGGAGCUUCGACGACGACCGGCCCGCGACCAGCCCUCACAGGGCAGCAGAGUACUCUGUAAAUGCAGAAUGCUUAACAUGAGACAUGGCUUACAUAGAGUAACUAAUCACUCGAUUUGCAAAUACACGUUUUCAUCUCCAUCGUCGCCAGUACAUAGCAGGAAGUUGUUGAGUGCCCGUGGGGGUCGAAUGAGUAGCGUGGAACUGCCUGAUGAGCCUGACAAGAGCCUGUCUUCGAAUAGCGCAAGUCCAUGCCCGUCACCUGUCAAGCAAACUGGCAAGCACCAACGUCUGCUACCAACGAACUUGUACGUGAUUCUCUACAACUUCAAGUCUCGUCACGCUGAUGAACUUGACCUAAAGGCUGGGUACAAGGUCACGGUCAUUGACACCUCCGACCCUGACUGGUGGAAGGGCAAGUGCCUCGGCAAGAUUGGAUAUUUCCCUUCUAAGUACUGCACUAAACUUCAAGCCGGAGAAAGACCGUUGCAAGUCACACACAAUUUGCAGGUAUCCGAUGGUGAUAAUGGGUUGAUGCUCUUGCGCGAUCAAAUAGUUAUCCAGGUUGGUGAUGAGGUUGAUGGGAUGGUGAUGAUCCGCUCCGGCGACAACCGCCAGGGCGUGUGUCCAGUAAAGUUCCUACAGGAGGUGUGACGCUUCAAACUGCCUAUCUUCGAUAUCAUGAAGAAACGCGGGUCUUUAUCAGAAGAAAGAAAUAGGCUUCAAGAACCUAAAUACACACGGAGUGCUCCAGUCACACCUUGCGAUAGCGAAACAUCGACAUGGUCCGACAAAGCUUGGGGAAGCAGUAAAGGCUACGACUCAGGGUCAGACAAGGCUGGUUAUGACGAGUCCUCAGAUGGGGUUUGGUGGUGGCGAAGACCUCUGGACGUUAGAAGAACCCAAUGCCGUCGUUGUGGGGCCUCUUCGUCUACUAGGCCACUAAGAAUGAUGCCCUGUGCUGGAGUGGCCCAAGAUGAAUACGAGCCAAGUGGCUCUCGUCCACUUAUGUCUCGUGACCGGCCACUGCUUUUUGUAAGGCAAUUUUUCUUGUAAACAACUUUUGGUCACGAUUUGGCGGCCAUGGUAAUUAUGAUCUAUAUAAAAAAAAAUUGAUCUGCUGUCAUUCAGACGUCUGGUACCUUUUGUCGUUUUUCGCUUCGGCUAUAAAGUCUGAAGAAAUCACCAAAAAAUGUUGAUGGCCGUCGAUGUUCCGCGAUCGCUAGAGGCUUUUUGUCAUUUCCUUAUUUAUGUAUUGUGUAGUUUUUGUGCUUCAUACACCUACAUAACAAUUUUUGUGAUGUUGUACAUUCUUUUAUUUUUACUUCAUGAUAAUAAUAAUUGAUCGAUUUGAUCUCUUGAUUGUGACCUUUCUCAAUCAAAACCUUUCAGGUGAAUAAUCCAAUAUUUGUACAACUUGUUCUCAUAAUCAUAUUGAUACGAUUUUGUAUCUGUUAGUAUUUAGUACACUCAUGUAAUGCAUGGAGUACUUAAACUACGCACCUGAGAUCUAUUAAAAGUUUAGAAACUAAAGUAAGCCGCCUUCUACCCAGCACAUUCCAAAAUAGAGUGCAAUUUGUUUCUAACAAUUAGGUUUGUGGUUUGUUCUAAUUUACAUUUUACUUUUUAUCGAUUCGUGUGCAAUUUCUAAUCGAGUGUUGGCGUGGGCUUUGAUUAUUGUCUACGAAAGUGAAUAAUCAAAAAUUUAAGGUUAGCCCUAGUAAAAAGUAAGUAAUCCUUAUCACGUAACACUCCGUUUGCAAGUACUGAUUUUUUAAAAGAUUAUUAUAACAUAUGGCCUACUUUACAUCGCGAUACCUUAUGUUUAAUAAUAUAUUUAGCAUUACUUAUUAUACUAUAUAUUUAAUAUUAUACAAAAACAUUCAAGUUUUGUACGUUAGGUCCUUAAAAUAUUUCGACAUAUCAUUUUUCGUAUAUUAAUUUAACGGUGAUAAAUUUAAUAAGCUAAUUAUUUACUAAGCAAAUUUUGGAACAUUUAAUGGCCCUUGCUAUGUUGCUGCCAACAAAAUUAUGAAUUUAAUCCAAACUUUAAAUAUGAAAUAUAUUAUUAUUAUGAAUAAAAUAUUAAAUUAUUCAGUAUAAUAUUAUAUAUAAAAUGCAUUUUAUGAAAUAAGUAUCUUAUAUUCAUAGAUGAAGGGAAACCGAAAUCAAAUUUCGAGGAAAUUAAAGUUAAUCGGUAAUAUCAUUGUACAAUUUUAAGUUACGAGUAUAACCUUACCAAAAUUCUGGUAAACAAGCGCUUUCUGUGGGAUAAAAUAAAAAUAAUUAAUUUAUCUAAAAACCUUUCAAAUAUAGUUUGGGGCUAGCUCAAAUUGUGUGAUUUAUUCUAAUACACUAUUUUAUUCAUAUAAAUUAUGUCUUCGAUUGGAUUAAGUUUAUUUUGAUAUCACUUCUGUUUACUUAAAAGACAGUAUUUUUUGUAAUUAUCUUUUUAUAUGUAUUUGUCAGAUUCAUGUACGUACUGUUUAUUACGGAUUUACUAAUGACGUUAUAGUAAUAAAUAGGUUCUCGGAGAAGGAAGCCACGUUUAACGAUCCAUCCUUGAACCUAACUGAAAAAGAAUGGAAAGUACGAUAAUUGAAUAAAAUACCAAAUUUUCGGUAACAGGCAAAUAUUAUUUUGAAAAAAAAAGCCAGUACUUAUAACCAAAUGCCUAGUUGCGAGCAAGUAGAUGUUUUCCAUAAUACAUAAAUCACUGAACAUUUUUUCUGUAGAGUUUUAUUAUAUUUAUUGCGAAACUAGUCAAUCUUCCUAGAAGAGCUUCGUACUUAUUACAAAAUGUAAGUUAAUACCGUGCCAUUUUUAAUAGUUUAGCUACGAGUAUAUAUUUUUAACCACCUAGUUACCAAGUUAUGCUCCAACUAAAUAUAGACUUUUAUUACGCACUGUCCGUGACAGGUCGAGGUGGCAACGAAUGUUAAUUACUCCCAUUUUUUGUUACCGCCAUCCGCAGAAUUUGACUGCUACUAAUUUGUGGACAGUAUUGUUAUUGUACUCAAUGCUAUCAGUAAAAUUUUUCUGUUUACCUCGUAAGGUACCUAUUUUUGUUGCAAUUUUGAACAUCAUGUGUAACUUUAGAAAAUAAUUGAUGCUAUAUUUAUUAUAAGACCUUUUCCCUUUUUCAAUUUUAAAGCACUGUUAAUAAUUUUGUUUUUUAGAUAGCUCAUGAAGGGAUUUAAUUAUUUUGACGGACUGAUUAUGAAUGUAAUGCAGUUGUUGUCAUACCGGCCUGUUUCAACGACAUUAUUAGGGUACUGACUAUCACAUUCAUAAUUAUUUAUCGUAUAGUUUAUAAAAUAAAGGUGACAUUUAAUAAUGCGAGUGACCACAUCAUCGCACAUACUUAUAUUCCAAAUUUCGUGAUAUCAUUAAGGUGACAUGUAGACUAUUCAUGUAUCAUUGUCUUGUAAACAAGCUAAAUGAAUUUCAGGUAUUGUUAGAACUGAAAUGAUAUCACGAUAGGAAUUUCAAAGAGACAACAAACAUAAUAUAUUUAUGAAUCGUUCAAAGAAUAUUUUUAUUUGCCAACAAAAAAGUCAGUGCCUAUAUUUAUGGUGUUUACUACUUAUGAUAUGCUAUAUUUUUACACCAUAAAUAUUAACCAUAAUAUUAUAUUAUACUUCUACAUGACUUUAUGUUUUAACAUCUACAACAUUUUAUAAAAAUAACUACAUAUAUUUACCCAUUUUUUUGCCCUAAAACAAGGGACAAAUAAUCGUAUUUCUGUUCACAUAUUGAACCGUCCCCUUGAAGUUUUAAGUACUGUAACUGAAUUAUUAUAUAAAAUAAUAUUUAUGUAAGUAUACAUAGCAGAUUAUGAAUUGUCGUAAGAACGACACUGAAAUGAGUAAAGCUAUAUUUAUGUGUUAUAGAAUACUAAUGUAUUGGUAGAUAGCUUGAUUGAAUGUCUGAAGUGUGAACGAAACGUAAAAAAUUAUACCUAUUAUAAAUCGAUAGAAAAUAUAUGUUUAUGAUAACGUAAAAACACAUACUUACCUACCCAGUUUUGAAAAGAACGUUUUUGGCGAAUAUAUCCGUCAUAAUACUUACUAUAACAUAAAAACGGAUUAACGUUAUUUUUAAGUUAGUUAUGUUUAUGAGUUUAUCACGACUGCUUUUAUUCCAAUUAAGAGAUGUGUCAUUUAAAGAAACUUCUUAGAUGACUAGCUACUCAUGCCAAACCAUCUGCCAUGCCAGGUACCUACUAAACUACCUACUUAUAAGUAUACUAAAAAUAUAUAUAUACCAAACAAAAGAAAUAUGUACCAAAAAGUAAUAUCAACAGUUUUGAGUUAAUUUUGUUUAUUUUCAAUAUAUGACAAAAAAUGGGGUUUAAAACGUGAAGGUUUGAAACAACGAAAGAGAGGCUGAUUAUGUAGAUGGUAGCAGGAGAAUUUUGAAAACAAUUAAACGGUGUGUGGAACAAUAUGAAUAAAUUUUUUUUCAUGUUUGACAAUCUUUCUAAAUUAUUUUCCUAGUAAAAAAAACUCUUCAACAAAUCAUAACGCCUUAUUCUGAUUAUUUUUGUUUACAAAUCUCAAAUAUAGAAAUACACAGGUAUCUAUCCCUUAUUUUAUAAAAGGUAGAUAGUAAUAGGUAAUAAUUAUGGUUUCUGUACGAUGAUAUGAAACGUUUAAAAAGUAUAAGUUUUAUAAGCAAGAAUUUUCACUUACAACAAACACACCUAUUAGAAGAAAUAUCAUUUAAUUAUUUCCACACGUUUGUGUAGACAAUUAUUUUCAAAAUGACUAAAUUAAAAUUGAAAAGAACCAAGUUAUCCUAAAUGUUAUGUGAUAGAGCAUAGAAAUACCUGCUGAAUUCCCAAGUGAGAUGUUUUAUAAUAUACCUAAAAUUAAUAUUUUAGUAUAUUAUAGUAAUUUAAAAGUGAUAGAAAUAUUAUAAAAUUUAAAUUAUAGAUGUUCGACUUAACUCCAUUAUGUAAUUGGCACACUUCGAUUAAGUGACAAAUUUUAUCACUUAAGAUAUUUUCUCAGAUCUUUCUUUUUAAAAUGAAUAUUUAGAUUUUAAUUAAGUAUUUAUUGGGCAUUUUGGGUUAUCAAUAUAUUUGACUGAAUAAAUUCAUCAUUUAUUAAUUUUGUAUCUACACAAUUUGACUUUCUAUUAAAUAAUAUUCUUUGAAAUUAAAGGCCAGCGAGGGGUUUUUUUACUGUGGUCACUUAGCGCAUUGUGCCAAUACCUAAAACUUUUUGGAAAAAAGUCACUUAAAUGUUUAUCAUGGACACGAAUUAUUGUAUGAGCUAAGUAUAGUAAGUACACCAUCCUUAGAUUUAUUAUUAUUGAUGUACCAUCUGCAAUUUAGUCAUUCGUGAAUAAA